UAUAUCUACUUUUAUCAACCACAAGCGUCGUGGCUUUAUACGGGAUGAGCUGUUUUGUUUAUAGUGGACUAACACUGGACUUGGCCGAAUUUUGAUCUUUGAAGUCCGCCCUAGAUUCCUGUUGUUUUCCAGGGUCCGGGGCCAAUAAUUGGGCUUUUGUCAUUUUCUCAUUUUCAUUGAUCGAACUUGCUACGCCAUACACUAUUGAGAAAGUCGGUGUAGAUCAUUGUCAUUGUAUAUCAUUGUCAUUGUGGAAAAUUGUCAUUGUGUGACUAACCAAUUCUAUGUCUAAUGUUACAUCCAUUUCAUUGUUUAAACACUUGCUUACCCUAUAAUUGUUCAUAUCAUUGUUCAGUUGAUCAUUUGAUUUAUAUAUUAAGCCAUGACAAACGUACACUGCCAAACAGUCUUUGUGAUUUAUUGUGUCGACAUAAUACGUUUUCCAUCUAGAUUUUAUUUUCUUAAUUGAAACACGCUUCUAGUUUUUAUGAAUAUCUCUGUUUAUUACCAUGUGCCCUUCCAACCUGGACACUGUUUAGUUUGUGCAAACACGCCGAAUACAGCAUGCAAUACCUGUGUUUUAAUAGUCAAGGCUGCUAACGAGAACUUGUGUGUUUUUCUGAAUGAAAGUUGUUGACAACGGCAUGGUGUCUAUUACGAAAAACCGUUGUGAACUUUGCAAAGCUUUGGAAGGAAAACUUUAAGGCCAAAUAAGGUAAAUAACCGUUAAACAGUUUGAGUUUAUAUGUAUUCCAGUAGCAAUUGCUAUGUUGAAUCAAUUUUUACAGGUGCAUUUACUUCGAAUGAUGUUGAACUUUAUUAAUGCGUAUUAAACUUCCCGUAUUUUGUUUUCUGGCCAGAGUCAUGUACAGUUGCCAAUUGUUGGUUGUAGAAAAUAACUACAGUACAGAUAUCUGAUACCCUCGUAACAUGUAACCGUAUACAUUGUAUCUGUUACUCAGAAAAAAGAAGACAAUUUAAUUUUCACGAUUUCAAAAAUUAUGUUUAGAUUACAUGUACUGUAUUAUGUAUUGACACAUAAAAUGUAUUAGGUUUGUCCCUAGUACUGGGGAAUCCUACAGGUAUUUAAAUGGCAAAUACGCAAUGAGUAUAAAUAUGAAUGAAGGUCAGUUCUACCGCACGAGUGCUGGCACGGAGCUCCGAUUAGGGAAAAUUCCCGCUUCGGUGCAACGCCCUCUUUAAUGCGCAUCUGUCUAAACAAGGCAUACGAUUAUUUGCUUCAUGAUGACAUAUCUUGAAAAUUUAGUUUAACCCAUUUUAAUUGCAACAAGAGGCCGAAGUUCAGGCAAGAUUUCCCUAAUCACUUUGUGUGAUACAGGUCUGAGAUUCGGGAGAGGCGUCAGUCUAAAUAUCCAACAUCCACGAAUCUCACUGAGGUUACCUUUCACCGGCGUCUCCUCUCCAUAUGGGUGAAAAGUUCUUGAGAGGGACUUUAUAUAAUAUACAAUUAAUAUGUAUCUGUGUGCGUAUAUUGACACAUUACAUUUACUAUUAAUAAUUAUAUACAUUUCUCACUGACGUUACAAUGUACCUUGUACCUUAAAGGAGAAGGCUUAAAUAGGGACUGUCUGUUUCCUAAUCCUUAUUAUAUUUCACAUGAUAAAUUAUUCUUUUAUCAAACAAAAUAUGACCGUCAUGUUUCAUGACUGAAGAAUCAUCUAAUCUGAAUAAUGGUAAGAAUCAAUUUUUAAUCGAAAUCUGUUGAUGAUGACGCCACAAUCCUUUGUUACAUAGCAGUUAUGUGGAUGGGAAAUAAAGUAUGCAAUUAUGUGCUACAAGAAGAAGCAAAUUAUAUGUAAAUAAUAUUUUUUAAAAAACACCUAAAAAUCUUAUGUAAAUAUUUUUUUAAUUUUUUUUUUUUACAGAAUUCUCACAUAAAUAAAUCAAUAAAUGCACAGAUAAAUGAGUAAAUAAAUAAGAAUAGCAACAAAAAUUUAUCUGUUAAAUUCCAUAAAACGAUAUGACAACAAAGUGCAAUGCUCAUAGCAGAAAAAUACGCAUUAUCCAGCUAUCGAGAAACCACAGCAACAAAAUCAUUAAUCAAUCAAUAAUGUUAACGAAUUCUUAGUGGGACAAUGUCCGCUAGUAACACGGGACACAAAGAAAUUAAUGCAUAGAUAAAUAUACCUAUAAACUGAUCAGGACAUGAGCAGAACACAAUAAAACUGUACAGCACGGUGAUUGAUACCCCCGGCAUUCGUGCUGCUAAGUAUGAAGGAACAGGACGAUGUCGGCUGGGAACUUUGAGUUGGUGCUGUUUUGAAUUUACCUGUGUAUCGAUUUCUUCCUUGAUGACUGGGAAUCACCUAUGUAACAGUGACGUAAGAAAUGGCGACAAGAUGCAUGUGCUGGAUAGAUGGACCAUGACCUGAUUCUGUGAGACGUGUCGGUGAUGGAAUGCUGCGGAGGAGGGAGUCGUGUGACCCCAUACUCGGGGCCUGGGAGCGGUUCUUCGGAGUUUUCCGGUCCGCUACAGAAGAGAUCUUGCGGUGAUGUGAUGUGCCUGCUGGUAUUCUUGGCGGUCCUUGGGGGCACGGGAUUCGGGGGUUACUUGGGCGUCCGCCUUGGGGACCCGAACAGACUUGUCUAUGGUGUAGAUAGCUGGGGGAACGUCUGUAGCAAACAAAACGGACGAAUUGACGGCGUGCUGAAGUCAGGGAAGGACUGCACUAACCUCAGGAACCUUUUCUUCUACGAUAAAACAAUAUUUGCAAAUCACAUUCCUGGUGCACACAUUUCCGUUGAUACCACAGCACUUUGUGUCCACACCUGUCCAACUCAGCCCUUAAACAGUGUGGCAGAUCUAAAGAGUUUCUUCAACUCGACGGGUUCCAAUUUGUGUUGGUAUGAUGUGCCAAUGGAAUCGUAUUUUGACGGGAAUUCUAAUGGGAUCGACAGUUGCCCCAAUUUGCCGAUAGAAACACAUGAAUCCAUUCUAUUUCGUUGUAUACCAGAGUCUUUCAAUCAACCGUUUGAGAUUUUGACAGGUGCCAUCAACAAUAUUCUCAACAAUAUAGACCCAAACUUUACUGAGAAAUGCGUUUCCGAUCUGGAGAAGACAUGGCGGGAGAUUUGUUAUUUGUCAGCUACUGCACUGGGUGUAUCGCUAGCUAUUGCAGUUCUGUUGCGAUAUAUCGCCAGCAUCGUGAUCUGGGUAAUGGUGUUCUUACUUGGACUUGGCAGUAUGGUCGGCGCUGCUCUCUGUUGGUACCAUUACUAUGAAUUGAAAGGAAGCUCACUUUAUGAGGAAGAAGAGAGGAACUGGUUGAUUGGCUCCAUUUCCGCUACUGUUGUCAUGGUAAUCGUGAUGCUGAUUCUGUUGGUCUUGAGGAAGAGGAUUGGUCUGGUUGUACAGUUAUUCAGGGAAGCAGGUCACGUGGUUUCUAGUAUCCCAUUUCUGCUGAUUCAGCCCCUAUGGACACUACUCCUGUUUCUGGGAACUCUUGUUCUGCUGUCUUACAUCUUCUUGGGAAUGGAAUCUGCCGGUCAUCCGAGCAUAUCGAAUGCUACUGGAUUCGUGUCUUUCACGGAAGAUGAAACAGUCAAGAUUCUAAAAUGGUAUCAUAUCUUUGCCGGAGUCUGGAUUCUACAAUUCAUUUUUGCCUGUGAGAAAAUCGUCAUCUCUGGUGCCGUGGCCAUCUGGUAUUUUCAACGAGAUUCCGGGAUGCCGGUUUUCCCCAUUCUACUGUCCAUCAAGCGACUUGUGAGAUACCACCUUGGAUCCGCCGCCUUUGGGUCAUUCAUCAUCACGCUCCUCGUCCUCGUGAACUGGAUCCUAGGAUUCAUACAUCGGCGAGUCAAGAGCAGUUCUGGAUCGGUUGGAGAUUUUCUGAUGAAAUGUCUUCGUUGCUGCUUCUGGUGUUUUGAAAAUGCCAUUAAAUUCAUCAACAGCAACGCCUACAUCGAGAUAGCCAUACAGGGGGGAAAUUUCUGUGUGUCCGCUAAGCGCGCCUUGAAGAUCAUUGUGUCUAACUCACUCCGACUGGCCGCCAUAAAUUCUAUCGGCGACUUUACGUUGUUUCUUGGAAAGGCGGGAACAGUGGCCGUGGUUGCGGUCGUUGGCAUGGAGAUGUUGGCAACGAGAUCUGACGUCAUUUUCGCCUGGUUACCUAUCACGUUGUCUUGUGUGAUAGCCUUCAUCAUCGCCAGCUGUUUGAUUGGAGUAUACGAGCUAUGCAUCGACACGAUUUUCAUUUGUUUCUGUGAGGACUGUGAUAGAAAUGAUGGUGUGAAGAGGCCGUAUAAUAUGAGCACCGGGCUCCUGAAAUUUGUCAGUGAAUCACAUGGAGCUAAGAAUAUGGAAUUCAGCGAUAUGCCUAAAACACCGACGUCACGUGCUAAAUGACGUCACCGUUACGCCUUAGCAAUACCACCUGGUGUGAUAUAUGUAAUUUCAAACACCAUAUGCCUUGAUAUAGGUUUUACAGCAGCGCUUUCAGGCAGUCAGCGUUGGGAACGGCAUACGACAUAUAGAACCGUGCCAAUUCGUAGCUCUAUAUUGGAAUAUUUGACCUUUUGAUUUUUGACAAUGCAAUAUUUUUACCAUAUUUACCAGUAUUAUAUACGUGUGGAGUGCCAUUUGUUUGUUGAUUUAUUUGUCCUUUGUUCUGCUUUGCUUAUGAUGUUUGUUAUGUCAGUAAUUAUGCUCAAAUUAAAGCAUGUAAUUAUA